ACCUCGAAGCCAGACAAAGAUGAAGAUCCUAGUGAAAGCCUAAUGAAGCUGAUGAAGCAGAUGUACAACGAAGGUGACGACGACGUGAAACGGACGAUCUCGAAAGCUUGGUACGAAGCGCAGACGAAGAAAAAUUCUCCGGGAGAUCUCUUGGACUGUGAUUGA